CUAAGACCUUGCAACGGGGUCCUUUUCUCCAUCUACGAUGCAGACUUUCAUUCAGCGACCAGAGACUUGAGGCUUGAGAUUAUGAAUCUUCAACUAGCGUUCCUCCUAUAGCUUCAGCUUUUCGCAGUCGGUUGUCUCGGGGCAAAAAUAACGCGAGUUCUUCUAUAUGAAAGACGGGACUUCUCUCUGUGAAGACUAAUGAUCCAUCCCUUGCAGACACACUAACAACACUUGAUUCUCUCCUCUAGUGGUAACCGCAAGAUGACACAAAUUGUUAAUCUCACAUUCGAGCAUUUCCCUACUGGGUUUGGGAUCCAGUGUGCCGCGCCGCGUCUGUCGUGGAAGGCCGCUUGUCCGAAGGGGAAUGCCCGCGACUGGACUCAGACCUCAUACGAAAUUGCUGUGAAAGCACCCGAAUUUCCCCCGGAGGACGAAGGUCAAAUCUACCGAGUCGACAGCUCCGAGUCGACAUGGGUGCCUUGGCCGGGUCCUCCGUUGCGCUCCCGAGAACGGAAGCUGGUCCGCGUGCGCGCUCACGGCACCUGGAUAGAGAUGACAGAAGAAAAUGACACACCAACGAGAGAACGAGCGGGCUUCACUGCGUGGUCCACGUGGAUUGGGGUGGAAUGUGCUCUGCUCACCCAGCAGGACUGGUCCGCAGUCCCUAUGGUGCACCCGUCGACUGGAGGCGACCGCACCCUCAGGCCGGUAGUUUUCCGCAAAUCCUUCGAGCUUCCCGCUGGAUUUGGCGCGGUUGACCGGGCUAGGCUCUACAUUACAGGGCUGGGCAUGUAUCGAGUUUAUCUGAAUGGGAGGCGCGUUGGGGAUCACGAGUUGGCGCCCGGUUGGACGAGCUACAAGCAUCGAAUGGCGUACCAGGUACACGACGUUUCUACCGGAAUUGCAGCGCGCAAUGUUGUAGGUGUUGAGGUGGCUGAAGGGUGGUAUGCAGGUCGUCUUGGGUUUAAUGGUGGCCGGAGAUGCUUCUACGGUGAUCAGAUCGGCGCCAUCGUUCAAUUGGAGAUCGUUGGCGCCCGGAAGGAUCUUCUGAUGCAGGUGGUGUCGGACAGCAGCUGGAAAUGCAACUUCAGUCCCCUCGUGCGGAGCGAGAUCUAUGAUGGCGAGUGGUAUGAUAUGCGUGAGGAGCUGGGAAACUGGCACGGCGACCCCGACUACCCGGAGAUGACAACUUGGAAGCCGGUCAUGACGCUCGCGCAGCCUACGGCGGCAUUGGUUGUCCCUCGAGCCCCCCCUGUACGCGUUACACAGCAUGUUACGGCACGACGCUUGCUUACUACCCCAUCAGGGCGCUUGAUUCUCGAUUUCGGUCAGAAUCUCGUCGGUAGACUCCAUGUUCGCGAGUUGCAUCUAUCACCCGACGCUGAGGUGAGAUUUACGCACGCGGAAGUGUUGGAAAAUGGAGAGCUGGGUACACGUCCACUGCGUCAGGCCGAAUGCACCGAUGUGAUCAUUUCCUCUGGCGAAAACCUCAGAGACUGGUCUCCGAAGUUUACCUUUCACGGUUUUCGCUUCGUGCAGGUGGAUGGUUGGGACCUGCGGUCCGCGUCGCUCUCUUGGCAGGAGAAUAUCACCGCGUUGGUACUACAUACGGAUUUCGCGCCCGCAGGUGGCUUCGAGUGCUCACAUGGGGCGAUUAACCAGCUACAUCGAAACGCGUGGUGGAGCAUGCGAGGCAAUUUUGUGUCCAUUCCAACUGACUGCCCCCAGCGAGACGAACGUCUUGGCUGGACUGGCGAUAUCCAGGUCUUCAGCCCUUCAGCCACCUUCUUGUUCAACUGCGAAGGGAUGCUGGCUGAUUGGCUGGAGGAUAUAGCCGCAGAGCAGCAUGAUGAUGGCGGCGUGCCUCCACUAGUGGUGCCGAACGUGCUCCAGCAUGUGUGGCCCCCAAUGCCGCAAGCGGUCUGGGACGACGUGGUCAUCAUCCUGCCAUGGGUUAUAUACCAGGCUUCGGGCGAUCUGGAACUUUUACGCCGCCAGUAUCCCAGCAUGAAGGCAUGGCUGGACCAAGGCGUUCGUCGAGGUGAGGAUGGGCUGUGGGAUCCAGAUCAUUGGCAGCUUGGGGACUGGCUUGAUCCUCAGGCGCCAUCCGACGAGCCAGGCGAUGGGCGUACUAGCGGCGCACUGGUGGCAGAUGCCUACUUGGUGCGCGUUACGAGAAUCCUGGCUCAGAUCAGUAGGCUUCUCAGCCAAGAAGCCGAUUACGCGCACUAUCAGCAGGAAUCUGACCGACACCUGCAAGCCUUCCAGGCCAAGUACGUGACGCCACGCGGGCUAGUGGCCGGCGAUUCUCAAACAGCAUACGCUCUAGUCAUUGUAUACAAUUUGAUAGACUCGGAACCCCAGCGCACUACCAUCAAUUACCAGCUAUCGCGCCUAGUGCGUAUGGCCAAGUUCCGCGUGGCCACCGGCUUUGCCGGAACUCCAAUCAUCCUCCACGCCCUCAGUCACAGCAACAAUCUCAGCUUGGCGUAUCGGAUGCUGCUGGAGGACAAGUGUCCCUCAUGGCUCUAUCCGAUCACCCAGGGGGCGACGACCAUCUGGGAGCGGUGGGAUAGCCUCUUGCCGGAUGGGUCGAUCAAUCCCGGCGAGAUGACCAGCUUCAACCACUAUGCGCUUGGCUCGGUCGUCCAAUGGCUUCACGAGACGGUUGGCGGGCUGAUCCCUCGUGAGCCGGGGUGGAAAACUGUCCUUGUGUCUCCUCAACCGGGAGGACCUCUGACCUAUGCGGCUGUUUCGCAUGACUGUGCGUAUGGACGCUGGUCCUGCCGAUGGGAGUUGACCGCUGUGGAGGGCGGCGAUGGGGAGCGUAAGAUGCUUACUGUUGAGCUCGAUGUGCCGCUGAACGCAACGGCUAUCGUGCGGCUAGGCUGUGAGCAGGAUGACAAGAAGGUUGGAUCAGGGCAUUAUCGGUUCCAGGUUCCCUUUGUUGCUCAGCCUUAUCCGCCUGAAGCCAUCGCUCCCUUUAUCACCAAUCCCGGCCAGGGUCUCUGAGUCUCUGUUCUAAUCUUGGGACCCAGCCUAGUAAUAGUAUAAUGUUCAUCAAGUAAGGUAGUCUCACCACGAGAUUUACACAAGCUCUCAG